GCUGAGAUGGAGCAUCAUAGCAGCGGAUUUGUCGCCUCGCCAUGGGCAGCUGUGCUGGGUCAUCAUUCGAUGGCCUCGGAUGCGGGCUUUGCUGCUGCGGCGGCUGCGGCGCAUGUCCAGAAUGUGGCGGCACAGCAUCAUCAUUCGCACCACCAGAUAGCCGCCGCCGCCCACCACCACCACUCACAUCAUCAUCCGCAUCACGCGCACUCGCACCACCUGGCGACGAGCGGCAUGCCGAUGGACCUGCAUGUGCCGCAGGGAUUCCCCUACUAUAGGUACCGCGAGGAUGCACUCUGUUGGGGCGACAGAAAGUCCAUGGAGGAGAUCGGAGCUGCUCAGUCCUCGGUGAAUGCGCGUAUCUUGGAGCUGCGCAAGGAGAAGUCACGAGAUGCGGCGCGAUCGCGUCGCGGCAAAGAGAACUACGAGUUCUACGAGCUAGCCAAGAUGCUACCCCUGCCCGCAGCGAUCACCAGCCAGCUGGACAAGGCCUCCAUUAUAAGACUGACCAUAAGCUAUUUGAAAUUGAGAGACUUUUCGGGGCACGGUGAUCCGCCAUGGACGCGCGAGGCCUCCAGCAGCAGUAAGCUAAAAAGCGCCGCCAUUAGACGAAGUCCCGCCGUUGAUUUGUUCGAGCAACAUCAGGGCACCCACAUACUGCAGUCUUUGGAUGGCUUCGCAUUGGCGGUUGCAGCGGAUGGCCGCUUCCUGUAUAUAUCGGAGACGGUGUCCAUUUAUCUGGGCUUGUCGCAGGUGGAAAUGACGGGCAGCAGCAUAUUCGACUAUAUACACCAGGGCGACCAUGCGGAAAUUGCCGAGCAGCUGGGCCUGAGCCUGACCAGCGGUGGUGGUGGAGGCAGCGGUGGCAGUGGCCCCGCAGGCCUAGCCUCGCCCACAUCGGGUGCUUCUGAUGAUGGCACCGGCACACACGUUGCAGCUCAAAUGACGCAGGCCUCGACCAGUGGCUAUAAGGGGUACGAUCGAUCCUUUUGCGUGCGCAUGAAGUCAACGCUGACGAAGCGUGGCUGCCACUUCAAGUCCUCCGGCUAUCGGGCCGGCGAUGCAACGAGCAAUUGCAACGGUAACAAUGGUAAAAAUGUUAAGAAUCCGGGCUCAAACUAUUCGGUCGUGCUGCUGCUCUGCAAACUGCGACCCCAGUACACCUUCUCGCACACUCGCAAGUCGCAGCCUCCACUCCUUGGCAUGGUGGCUCUGGCCAUUGCUCUACCGCCCCCCUCUGUGCACGAGAUUCGGUUAGAGUGCGAUAUGUUCGUGACACGCGUGAAUUUUGAUUUGCGAGUGGCACACUGCGAACCAAGAGUGUCCGAUCUGCUUGACUACACCCCGGAGGAUCUGGUCAACAAGAGUAUAUAUGCUCUUUGCCACGCCGAGGACGCCAAUCGACUGCGCAAGAGCCACACAGAUCUGAUCGAGAAGGGACAAGUAUUGACCGGCUAUUAUCGGCUGAUGAACAAGAAUGGCGGAUACACGUGGCUCCAGACCUGCGCCACAGUCGUCUGUAGCACCAAGAACGCCGAUGAGCAGAACAUCAUCUGUGUCAACUAUGUCAUCAGCAAUCGCGAAAAUGAGAAUCUCAUUUUGGACUGCUGCCAGCUGGAGCCCAGUGUGGACAGCAUCAAGCACGAAGAGGGUCUAGGCAAUGACAAGAGCAGUGGAUCACCUGGUGGUGAUGCAGCUGGCGACGGGAAUACUCAUCUCAGUGCCGGGGACAUGAAAUUAAGCUCACCCAAGACUGAUGUCGAUGGACAUCCACAUCGGGGUCGCGGCCGCAGCGCCAACUCGCACGGCAACGUCAACAACCUGGCGCUGAUCAAGGACAGUCCCACGCCGCUGGGUGUGGAGGUGGACAGUGGCGGCAGUGUCUUGCCGACCACAGUGGCCACGCCUGUUCCUACGCCCACCCCCACUAGCAGCACUGCAAGCACGAGCAGCACAAGCACAAAGCGCAAGCGGAAGAGCAAAGCAGCUCAGCAGGCAGAGGAACAGGCAGAGGCAGCUGCUGCGGCGGCCAGCGCGGCAGAGCAGCAACCAUUGCCCAAGCUACCUACUUUAGAGCGGGAUCACACGCCACGCAGUCGUCUGCCCUCCAUUGUGGAUGAGCAGCAGCAGCAGCAGCAACAGCAGCAACAAGCAGCUGGGACGCCUCAGCAACAUGCCGAGUCUGCUGUCAAGGAUCUGGAGCACGCCAUGUCCAAGCACCUGCCUUCGCCCGGCUCAGUUGCUGCUGCCGCCAACAACAAUAACCAGCCCAGCACAGACUUCAGUGCCGAUGCCCUGCUCAAGCAACAGCAACAGCAGCAGCAGCAACAGCACGACCCCAACGAGAAGAGCAGCACGAUUCAAUGGAUCGGUGCGCCACAGUACCAACAGCCGGCCGCGAUGCCAGCGACUGCACUUCUCCGCCAGCUGUACGCCAGUCGGGAGAGCGUCAUCCGCGCCACGGCGCGUCAGACGCCAACGGGAGUGUUCUAUGGCGAGCAGCAGAGUGGUCCGUUGCCCACACCUCCGGGCAGCGAGUCCUCCUACGAGAAUCAAUACCUGCAGCUGCACUCGGCCACCGCGCAUCCAGGCACUCAGAAGAGUGGUCCCUCGGCCGACGCCUUCACCAAUCUGGUGUCCACGUACGGGGGAUAUCACAGCUCUAUCGACUACCACAAUGCCAUGACGCCGCCCAGUUCAGUCUCGCCCCGGGACAGCAACAACUCGGCCAAGGCGCCGACUCUGGGCUCGAACACUGGCUACGAUUAUGCUGAUCCAUUAAGAAGUCAAUAUGGCACACCUACGGGCAGUAUUGUGGACAGUGGUGCGGGAGCACCUACCUCCCUGCCGCUGAAGCCGCAGGCCUAUUCAGCAGCAGCUGCUGCCAUGCAUCCCCACGGCCAUGCCACCACUACCACGGAGGGGGGUGUCACCUACAGUAAUCUCGACCAGCCGCAGUACUUUGCACCCCACUCCAGCUUUCAUCUGUACCACAAGGGCAGCGCUGCCAGCGGCUGGUACUCCACGCCCUCAUAG